UCACACAGGGUCACAUGACCUCUGCAGGAUGCUUUAAAACAGGCGACUGCCAGCUCCACCGCAGAACCACAACCUGCUCAGAACCUGAUCCAGACCAGAUCCAGACCAGCAGCAGAUAUCAGACAGGAUGAGGUCCGUGUGCUGUUCCAGUGCCCUGGUUCUGUUGGCGUUGGUUCUGUCCAGUCCAGCUGUUGCCUCCCAGCCAGACAGAGACCAGAACCAGAACCAGAACCAGGACCUGGACCUGGAACUGGAGCUGAGGCACCACAGGCUGCUGCAGCGAGCUCGCAGCGCCGGCCUCCUGUCGCAGGACUGGAGUAAGCGUGCGGUGGAGGACCUGCUGUCCCGGCUCUCGCUGCCAGAGGGCGCCGGCCAGCGGGAUGCGGAGGUGGUUUCCAUGGCAACAGGAGGGCGGAUGGAGCUGGAGCGCUCGGUCGACCCCCCCAACAGCCUCCCCCCCCGCGAGCGCAAAGCCGGCUGCAAGAACUUCUACUGGAAGGGCUUCACUUCCUGUUAGAGCCCCGCCCCCACCGCACCGACCAAUCACAGAACACCCGACUCCACCGACCAAUCAGCAUUCA